AUGUCGGAAGCCAGCAGCAGCAGAAGCAGCAUCCCGGAUCCUCUCGCACCACCACUCGAAGCGCUUUACUGGACGCAGUACAGCGUGUGGUACCCCAUCUUUCGGCGUCAUGCACCCAAAUCUACCGUCAUCGAUAUCGCGCAGGUGCAACCGGAGCUGUUGGGCUGGUUGGAGAGCGAGACCUUUGUGCUGCCCGAAGGAAGUGGGCCGUCCACACUGCCGGACUCAAAUCGUGCGUCUUCCUCAUCGUCACUUUCAUCGGACGAAGCAGAGGAUGAUCGGGAUGCCGCUAAGGGGGAAGGGGACAGCGACGAGGAAGAGGAGCAGCCUGCGGUACGACUCGACGCUAUGGACUCGACAAUACGCAGCAUCAUCGCAAAGUACGAUGGCGGACCCAUCUUUCCGAAGCUCAACUGGAGUGCGCCUCUCGAUGCCGCAUUCAUGCUCGCAGGCAACACGCUGCAGUGUUUGCACCCGGAAGACGUCUACCUCCUGCUCAAGAGCAGUGAGUUUGUCGGAAGGGAUCUCGAACAAAUCUCCCACACCAACACCACCACCUCCCCGAUAACGGACCCCACCAUCUCUUCGGCAGCCAUAGAGGAAGCGAGUAGAAGAAUCUCUCCGCAGCUGGUGCUAAAAAAGUGGUUCGCGCUCAACAAGUCGCACGAGUUCCGCUGUUUCGUCCGCUCCCACCAGCUGAUAGCGAUAACUCAACGAGAUGUAACGUUCUUCGACCACCUCCAGUCCCCCCUGCUGCAGAGCGAGAUCAAGGCGGCGAUCUGCGACUUUUACGAGGACGUGCUGGUCAUCGCUCAGAAGGAGGGCAAGUGGGGAUUGGGCGAUUAUAUAUUCGAUGUGUAUCUGACGAAGGAUUUGAGUAGGGUGUGGUUGGUCGAUGUGAACGCGUGGUUGCCGCGGACCGAUCCGUUGUUGUUCGGAUGGGAGGAGUUGGAGGAGCUGCAUUUGAAUGAGAAGGCCGGUCGAGCGAAGAGCGAGGAUAGAAGCGGGGUGGAGGAGGUGGAGGAAGGAGUGGUGAGAUUGAGCAUCAACGGCAAAGGAGGGAGCAACAGCGGAAAGGUGGAAGACGAAGAAGAGGUGCAAAGGGGCGAAGCAGACAUCCAACUGCGCAUCCUCUCGGAUCGGCGACUGCAGAGCGCAGGCGGAACCGGCGCAACGUAUAGCUCCAACAUGGUGCCCAAGGACCUCGUCGAUUUUGCAAAGACCAGCGGAUCCGCCGCUGGGAAUGGGCGUGGUAUGUCGGUGGACCAGAUCGUCAGCCAAUGGAACGCCGAGGUGGAUUCAGAAGACAACUGA